AUGUUAUCCCGUUGUCUUUUCUACUGCUGCCUUGACUGUUUCCUUUUACAAAUAGGCGAAGAUGCAAGCAAAACUGUGCUGGCAGUGCAUCUGCCCAUCAGCGGAGCCCUCGAGUGUGCCGAGAAAAACUGCAAAGCCGAUGGCAACUCCAUUCGCGAGACAAAUAUCUGCGCCGGCCUAAAAGAGGGCAGUCGGGACACCUGCGUGGGUGACAGCGGAGGACCUCUGGCCUGCCUUGUGCCAGACGAUGUGGGCCAGGAGAGGGUGAGUUGGGCAUUUUUCCUCUCAGCUGUCUUCUUGGUUGGACAAACUGCUUUCUGA